AUGGAAUUCUGUCACAAGAAAAAUUCACCAGGUGAUGUCCGUUUGGUUACCUUUAAUGUUAAUGGGAUUAAAACAUUUUUCCAAUAUCAUCCUUUUAAUAAAAUGCAUAAUUCUUUGGAAUUAGUGUUUGACUUUUUCAAUGCAGACAUUAUAACUUUCCAGGAGUUGAAAACAUCUAAGGAUAUUAUUUAUAAAUGGGGUAAAAUAAAUGGUUAUCAUUCAUUCAUCACUAUACCGAAAUCUAAAAGGGGUUAUUCUGGCGUGGGCUGUUGGAUAAAGAAAAUCACAGAUGUAAAAAAUCCUCUAUACAACAUUUUGCAAGUGGUCAAGGCAGAGGAAGGAAUAACAGGAUAUUUAAAUGUUCCAAAUAACUCUUCUGGUUCCGCAAAAACAUAUAGGCAAGACCCAUCAAGUAGUUUGGGUGGAUAUGAGAAAAUAGAUGAUGCCAUUUUUGGCGAUAUUGAUACUUUACUUAAAUUAGAUCAGGAAGGUCGGUGUGUCAUGAUAGAACUUUCUUGUAACACAAUAAUAAUAUCCUGCUACUGUCCCGCUAAUUCAAUGCGUACUGAAGUUGGCGAGUCUUUUAGAAUGAAUUUUUUAAAAGUUUUGUUCCAAAGAAUAAGAAAUUUUUAUACAAUGGGUAAAAACGUUAUUUUGAUGGGUGAUAUUAAUGUAGCAAGAGAUAUAAUCGAUAGUGCUGAAAGCAUGGAUACUUUUAUUAUUCCUAAAAAUCGUGGGCUAAACGAAAAUGACUUUAUUAAUUAUAUAAAUAAAACAACACCUUCAAGAAAACUUUUCAACUCGCAAUUAAUAGACUCAAAACUUCCAUCUGAAAAUUCUAUUCUAUUAGACUCGACAAGAUACAUUCAAGGAUACCAACGUUUAAAAAUGUAUACAGUCUGGAACACAAUUCUGAACACCAGACCGAUAAACUAUGGCACAAGGCUGGACUAUAUAUUGGUCACGAAAAAUCUUCGGGAUGACUUACAAAAUGCAGACAUAUGUCCUGAAAUAUUAGGUUCGGAUCACUGUCCAGUUUUUGCAGAUAUCGCCCUAAAGCCAAAACCAGAUUGUAAUUCGGUACCAGACAAUGGAUUACCUCCGCAAACACCCAAACUGGAAUGUAAAUAUUAUUAUAAGUUAGGUACCAGCGAUAUAACAACUAUGUUCUCGAAACUUCAACGGGGGACUACACCAACAGCAAGUAAAACCAAGUCAAAUAGUAAGAAGGUGGGGAAGCCCAUCAGAAUUGACGGGUUUUUUAAAACGGGGAAAACAAAAUCUAUUGCUAAUAUACAUAAAUUGAUAAAAACUAAUAAAAACCCACCAAUGAUGCCAAGGGAAACCUUAAAGCAACAGCAAUUGGGUAUGUUUGAUAAAAAUGAUAUACCAUUAUGCAAACAUGGAGAAAAGGCAACGUUGAAAACAUCAAAAACGGACAAAAAUCCUGGUAAAAAAUUUUGGGCUUGUUCUCAACCCCCAAACGCCUCAUGUGGAUAUUUCCAAUGGGCACCAACAUAA